GAGGAGUGGAGCACAAAGGAGGAGAGGAGCUCACAGGAGAGGAGCACAGAGGAGGAGAGGAGCACAGAGGAGGAGAGGAGCACAGAGGAGGAGAGGAGCACAGAGGAGGAGUGGAGCACAGAGGAGGAGAGGAGCUCACAGGAGAGGAGCACAGAGGAGGAGAAGAGCACAGAGGAGGAGUGGAGCACAGAGGAGGAGAGGAGCACAGAGGGGGAGAGGAGCUCACAGGAGAGGAGCACAGAGGAGGAGAGGAGCACAGAGGGGGAGAGGAGCACACAGGACACCGCCAGCUCCCAGCCCGGGCCCCCACUAUGCCCCGCUGAGCCCGCUCACCAGUGCCCGAGCAGCCGUCACCCACCAUGGCCCAGGAGCGCCUGCAGCCCCGGCUCUGCCACAUCCACAAGGGGGAGCAGGGAUACGGCUUCCACCUGCACGGAGAGAAGAACAAGACCGGACAGUACAUCCGCAAGGUAGAGCCCGGAUCCCCGGCGGAGCUGGCCGGCCUGAAGGCGGGGGACCGGGUGCUGGAAGUCAACGGGGACAACGUGGAGAAGGAGACGCAUCACCAGGUGGUGCAGCGUAUUAAAGCCAUAGAGAACGAGACGCGGUUGCUGGUCAUAGACCGUGAAGCCGACGAGUACCGACGCCUCUCCCAAUCCAGCUCUCCCCCCGAAUCCCAACCUAACUCCAGCGCCCCGUCCUCCCCGACGGUGGGCAACAAUAAUGGCGAGAUCUGGAAGACGACAAAGGAGGACACCAGCCUGGAGGACCAGAUGCAGAAUAACCACAGCACAGACAACGGCAAACAGGACAUGAAUGGACAAGUGAAGGAUCGGUGUCCCCGGCUGUGUCACCUAAAGAAGGGAACCAAUGGCUACGGGUUCAACCUCCACAGCGAGAAAUCUCGGCCCGGACAGUACAUCCGCUCGGUAGACCCAGGAUCCCCGGCGGCCAAAGCUGGACUGAAACCUCAGGACCGACUCGUAGAGGUAAAUGGACAGAGCGUGGAUGGCAUGAAGCAUUCUGAUGUGGUAGCGAACAUAAAAGCCAAAGACAAUGAGACAACGUUACUGGUGGUGGACCUCGAAACAGACGAAUACUUCAAGAAGUUGGGGGUCACCCCGUCGGAAGCUCAUAUCAAAGGAGGUGUAAUACCUCAGUCGCUGACCAAUGGAGUGAGCAAAACACAGCUCAACGGAGGCUCCUCCACGUCCUCAUCGCACAGCGACCUGCAGAGCCCCGACAAAGACUUGCAGGCAGGCGACCUGAUGCGAAAAGACCCCUUCGAAGAGAGCGGUCUCCGUCUCAGCCCCACGGCGGCCGAAGCGAAGGAAAAGGCCCGCGCAAAGAGAGCCAACAAGCGAGCCCCCCAAAUGGACUGGAGCAAGAAACACGAAAUUUUUAGCAACUUCUGAACUCGUCCCCUCCCCCUUCCCUUCAUGAACAUUCGGGAUGAGGGUGGUCACAGGACUCACACCCCCCUUUUUCCUUCCCACUAAACACUGCGUAUUAACCGGAACGCGCAAAAAACAAAAAAAAAAACAUUAUUACCAACUAACGCCAGGUUGUCGCCCCCAACCUAUACCUGUUUAACCAUUUCAGCCAUGUGGCAUUUCAAUGGCAUACCGUGUUGACUGUUUAAGUGCCAGGCCACAUAUAUUUUAUAUAUAUAUAUGAACCCGCACCGGAGGACGGAUCUGCCCAUGGUGCGCUCUGUGCGGGCAUUAUUUGUCGUAGUCUUAACACGAGACUGAAAUGUUGACAAAGUGAAGAAUUCUGGGAAUCGGCAAGGACGGCAUUGCUGAAGCGGCAGGGUCCUGGCAGCCGCGUCGCCCCCCUCCUGUGUUUAUAAGACUGUUUCCUCAUCCUGUCCUGCGGUUCCACCAAGGAUUAGGAUAGACCGUUUCCUCUACCGGGGACGACUGUCAGCAAAGCUCUCAGGAGACCAUCAUCGUGAUCAGGCACGUAACCCCCUCCCCAGAUAUAGGGGGUCAUUCACUAAGAAGCUUACACAUUCCGUAUACUCAGCACACAGGAGGAUUGCGCAAUCUCUUCCAGACACUUGGCCGCGUUCGCACUUUAGCCGCCAACUCCUGAAGACGGAAAGUCGUGCGCCGCAAUGCUGAGGAUGAGACUUCUUUUAAUCAACCGGAUUGGGGGGGGUGGCACGGUUUGGGCCUCAUGUGGUAUAGGCAGAAUACUGCACGUCAGGCCGUCCCUUGGGGGGGGGGUCACACAUUCCUCGCUGCAGCCCAGAACCGCUGGCUCCCCCAUUACCCAAGUGAUGCGCACAUGGUUCGAGUUAAAUGGAAAAACAACAAGGGCUCGGAAUCAAGACGCUCGGCAAUCGGAAAGAAGUCCCCCCCCCCCUCCUCGGCUAAGCUGUCAGAGAACGAUGCACGGAUGCAGUUAUUAUGGAAGAUGUUACCUUAAUAAAUCAGACUAUAGAAGGUUUAGGUUAACCCUUUUGGAGAACUACUUCCCUUUGGUGUUUCCCAACCAGCGUGCCUCCAGCUGUUGCAAAACUACAAAUCCCAGCAUCCCUUUCUGAUACAAUUAAACAAAUGCAUCGUCGACGUACCGGUCGUAGUAACUGGCACGUGGGUGUUUAUUUUACAUAGCUGCCCACAUAUACCAGUGUUUCCCAACGAGGCUGCCUCCAGCUGUUGCAAAACGACAGCUCCCAGCAUGCCCGGACAGCCGAAGGCUGUCCGGGCAUGCUGGGAGUUGUAGUUUUGCAACAGCUGGAGGCAGCCUCGUUGGGAAACACCGGUGUAUGGGGACCUUUAGCUAUUGCAACACUACAACUCCUAGCAUGCGCUGGCAGUCAUCACAUGUUGUGGAACAGCUGGGGUCCGGUUUGGAGACCAGCUUUUGGCUGUCCAGGCAUGCUGGGAGUUGGUUUUGCAACAGCUGGAGGCACCUGCUUGCCGAGUGCGCUCACAUUGCUUCCCUGUAGUUAUACACCUAACACUCUCAAUAAAGUAGCACCUUGGCAAAUGGCUGAACGUUGCCUGCCUGGAGUGGUCCUAGGCGCUUUUCAUGCUGGGAGUUGUAGUUUUGUAACAGCUGGAGGCGCCCUGGUUGGGAAACACUGGUCUAAUGACGACCUUGUAUUCAGUACUAGUCUGAAGAUCGUCCUUUCGUGGUCAGGCAGGGUGACGUUGGAAGUAGUUCUCCAUUAGGAGCCCUAUGAAUUCAAUUUGUUCUCCCCCUUUUAAAAGGUGUUACAUUUAAUGCGUUUCCCCCCCAACCUGUGACUCUUCAGCUGUUGCUAAACUACAGCUCCCAUCAUGUCCUGACAGCCUUCGGUAGGGUGAGUGUUGUGAUUGUAGAGGCACAAGAUGGGAGGGGGGGGCAAUGUUCAAAGGCUGUCAGCACAAUUGGAGUUGUAGUUUGCCACAGCUGGAGAGCCACAGGUUGGGGAAAAGCUGGACAAAGACUGCCAAGAGCAUGAUGGGAGUUGUAGUUUUUGCAUUGGUAAAGGAGCCUCAGGUUGGGGAAACACUGUGGAAUGGCUUUCAGGGCAUGAUGGAAGUCGCAGCUUUGCAAGCUGGAGAGCUACAGGUUGGGGGAGAACUGGCUGAAGGCUGCCAGAGCAUGCUGGGAGUUGUAGUUUCACAACAGUUAGAGGGUCUGCAGUUUGGAGAACACAGGCUCAAGGCUGUCAGAGCAAUGAUUGGAGCAAUAGUUAUAGAGCCGGAGUUACACGUUGCGAUAUACAAGUUAAAAAGCUAUCAGGGUAUGAUGGGAGUUGUAGUCUUGGAUCUGGAGAUUUACACAUUAGGUUAUGCGGGCUAAGGCUGGCACAGGAUGAUGGGAGUUGUGGUUUUGCAACGACUGGAGAGCUGCAGUUUGGGGAGGGGGGAUACCACCUAAGACCAGUGUUUCUUCAAACAGUGUGUCCCCAGCUGCUGCAAAACUACAACUCUCAGCAGGCGUGGACAGCCAUUGGCUAUAGUUUUGCAACAGCUGGAGACACACUGAGGAGUACAUUGCCUUAGACCUUUAGUCUGAUUAAAAAAAAAAAAAAAAAGUAUUGUUUAACCCCAUGUCAUGUUAAUACCGCUCAUAUCCCGGAUUAAGAACACGGUGAGAUCACGUCCAUUCCAAAAACUCCCUCUUACAAAAUAUAUAGACCUUAAGCUGACCCAGGAAUGUUGUUUUAAUCAUGUCUGGGGGGGGAUUAGCUAAAUUCUGGCCAAAUGCAAUAUCUUUUUGUACAAUAAUUCUUUUCCACGAAAAAACAACAACAAAAGAAGUUUCCCAUAUUAUGUUCCCAGUGCAGUGCUGCCCCCUUGUGGCCACAAUAAAAAUGCUCAAUUUCUGUAAGUAAGAAAUUUCCAGCUAUUAGAUAAUACAAUGUUCUACUAUUGCAGUGUUUUCCAACCAGGGUGCCUCCGGCUGUUGCAAAACUACAACUCCCAGCAUGGCCGGACAGCCUUCGGCUGUCCGGGCAUGCUGGGAGUCGUAGUUUUGCAACAGCCGGAGGCACCCUGGUUGGAAAACACAGUUCUAUUGUGUAGUGAGAUAUUCUAGGGAGUUGGAGGAAGAUUACGUUUCUAAGGUUUUCUGAUGAUGAAUCCCAGAGUUGACACCACUCUGUUUCUCUUUCCAUUCCUGACCCUAGGACUUAACCCUUAUAGUCAGACAUCGUUACAGCUGCAACACCUUCCCGUUUAGUCGUAUGGUGACCACAUGUUGCUACAGCUGUAGGUAUUCCGCUUGACCCGGCGGAGAUAAGAGAAGCGGUCUGACCAAUGAGUGCAAGAGGAACGUUGUAAAAUACUGAACAUUCCAAAGUGGAGAUCUCAGGACUGCUCUGUGGGGGGCGCCGAGCUGAUUUACACACAUGUGACCAUACAGAAGCCUAUGGACCAGCUGCGAACAUUAUUAUCUUCUGCGAGCGGAGCUCAAGUCCUGGCCCAUCACUCAGCUGUUAGAUGGAGCUGUCUUAUCACACACUACUUCAGCUUGGUACCUCUAUUUAACAUUCCUGAACCCAUCACUCAGCAUUAAGAUUGAGCUUGACCCCAUCACUCAAAAUGGAGGUUGAGCAUUCCCCCCCCACCCCAUCACUGAGCAUUGAGGUUAAGCAGGCCCCCGUCACUCAGCGUUGAGGUUGAGGAUGCCCACCUCAGCAUUAAGGUUGAGCAGGUCCUAUCUCUCAUCAUUAAGGUUGAGCAGGCUCUUAUCUCUUAGUAUUGAGGAUGAACAUGCCCCUGUCUCAGCAUUAAGGUUGAGCAGGCCCCCGUCUCUAAGCAUUGAGGUUGAGCAGGCCCCGUCUCUCUUAGUAUUGAGGUUGAGCAGGCCCCAUCUCUCAGCAUUGAGGUUGAGCAGGCUCCGUCUCAGCAUUGAGGUUGAGCAGGCCCCGUCUCUCAGCAUUGAGGUUGAGCAGGCCCCGUCUCAGCAUUGAGGUUGAGCAGGCCCCGUCUCUCAGCAUUGAGGUUGAGCAGGCCCCCGUCUCUCAGUAUUGAGGUUGAGCAGGCCCUUAUCUCUCAGCAAUGAGGUUGAGCAGGUCCUGUCUCUCAGCAUUGAUGUUGAGCAAGCCCCGUCUCUCAGCAUUGAGGUUGAGCAGGCCCCAUCUCUCAGUAUUGAGGUUAAUCAGGCCCUUUCCCUCAGCAUUUAGGUUGAGCAGACCACUUUUCCUUUAGCAUUGAGGUUGAGCAGGCCCCAGUCUCUCACUAUUGAGGUUGAGCAGUUCCCGGUCUCUCACUAUUGAGGUUGAGCAGGCCCCCCCCCCGUCUCUCACUAUUGAGGUUGAGCAGGUCCCUGUCUCUCAGCAUUAAGGUUGCGCUAGGUUUCAAAUCAAGGUUAGGCUUGGUUCCAUCAUUUAGCAUUCUGGUCAAACUUGGUCCAAUCUCUUAGCAUUGAGGUUCAGCUUGGUUCCAAUACUUCACGUCCAAGUUGAGUUUGGGCCCAUUCACUCAGUAUUUGGGUUGAAUUUAGUCACAUCAUUCAGAAUUAGGAUUGAGCAUAGUCCCAUCACUCAGCAUUCAGGUUAAAACAAUGUUUAGGUCUAGUGUGAUCUCCAGGGACGGGCUUGAGUUGGAGACCAUCAUUCUGCAUCUUCGAAAGUACGACCAAGAGUUUAUAUAUAAAGUGGAUUUGAGGACCAAGAUUUUAGAUAAAGUGAAUGUCAGGACCAAGAGUUUAUCUUAAGUCACUGGUGUCCAAACUAUGGCCCUCCAGAUGUUGCAAAACUACAACUCUCAGCAUGCCUGCUGUCCGGGCAUGCUGGGAGUUGUAGUUUUGCAACAUCUGGAGGGUCAUAGUUUGAACACCACUGUCUACAGUGAAUGUUAGUCUUUAUAUGUGAUGUGUUUAGAAGGUGACCCCUAUGGACCAUUCUGUUGGUUUAUCCUGGAGAUAUGAAGACUGGCGAUCUGGCUGCGUCGUGUACUAGCGCUCUGUAAUGGAAGGAUCCGGAGGAGUAGACGUCACAUCCUCCAUCCCUCCUCACUAACAUACCUCUGGGGCGCUCCAUGGACACGGUCUAGAAUGUGGACAGUAUAGUGGAGACGGCACGUUGUGCAGAAGGACGCGGUGUGCGGCAACGGAUGGAGCUCAUGAUUAUAUUUUUAACAAAAACCAAUGGAGUUUUUUUAAAUGGACGUAGAAAAAUAAAAAAAAAACUUGUUCUAAAACCUGA